AUGAUCGUCGUUCAGACAAAUGCCACGUGUUCUUUCCAUGUCAGCUUCAGCAGCACCAACGUCCUACCCACCCGCGGCACAGACGUGCCCACUCUGCGCUUCGUGGUGGGCAAGCGUCGCAACUCCAUGACUUCCGUGGGCCUGGGCAAUCCUUACCUGAAGAAGGAGCCCAUUGACUACACCCGGCAGCCAGACGCGCUGCUAACCGCGAACCCAGAGAGGAGUCGCACCUUCUGGUUUCUCUACGACAGUGUAGUUCAAGUGGCAGCAAUGGGCGUCCAGGGAUGCCCACAGGCAGAUGUCUGCCGCCUUCUCUGCCGCCUCGCGGACUCCACAGGCUUUCGGGCCGAGGUCUGCGAGAACGUUCGGUAUGUCAUCAUUUCUUCAGGGAAGUUGCCCGUCUCAUUGCGAAUAGUUCACGUUGGAGCGCCGCCGGACGUUUCGAUUCCUCGCCAUCUGUUUGAUCCAGUGGAGUGGAAGGAGCUCCCAUGGCAAGGAUGCAGUUGCAUUUUCGAGCUGGACGAGCAACACCUGGCCAUCGUCAAGCGUAUCCAAGGGCUGCUGUCAGCGUCAUCCUUGGGGCACCUCUACCAGUUGGUCCCGCCAGAGUGCCUGUGCCUCAACCCGGCACGGCUGCUGGAUCCAUUCCGACGGCCGGAGCUGCUGUCCCAGCCGGCGACCCAAGGGGCCAGGGCUGACAACUAG